GCUGAGAGCGUCGCUACCAUCGCUAUAUGGUUGCUGUGUAACCUGUGUAGCACAUCGUAUACAAUCGCGUUCAUUUCGCGUCAGUAUUUGUUUUUGUGCUUGCGUGCGGUUUGUUUUCGCCUGUAGAGUAUCAGUGCCGCCGACGCGAUGGCGAGCACCGAGCAAAUCGGAUUGAAUAAAACAUGGGAGCUGUCGCUGUACGAGCUGCACCGAACCCCGCAGGACGCUAUCUUAGACAGCACCGAAAUCGCAGUGUCCCCGCGCUCGUUGCACAGCGAGCUGAUGUGCCCCAUCUGCCUUGACAUGCUGAAGAAGACCAUGACGACCAAAGAGUGCCUGCAUCGCUUCUGCUCCGAGUGCAUCAUAACCGCACUGCGGUCAGGCAACAAGGAGUGCCCGACAUGCCGCAAGAAGCUCGUAUCAAAGCGCUCAUUGCGUCCGGACCCCAACUUCGAUCUGCUCAUCUCCAAGAUCUACCCCAGUCGCGAUGAGUACGAAGCGCAUCAGGAGCGCGUGCUCGCCAAGCUCAACAAAAGCCACUCACAGGCGGCGCUUGUUAAUUCCAUCAACGAGGGCAUCAAGCUGCAAUCACAGAAUCGACCAAACCGCUCACGCAAAGCCAAUGAAGAAGGCGGCGGCGGUGGUGGACCUGGAGGUGGUGUAGGUGAAGGAGAUGCUGCACCUUCCGCAGCCGUCAUAGCACCAUCCGCACCCUCGAAUAGCAACUCCACAGCGCCCGGCAGUCCUGCGCCUUCUGGACGCAGCACACCUUCACAACCACCAAGCCCGGUCUCAUCUAGUGUCAGCUCCGUCAGUAAGAUGGGUAAACGUACCAAGAGUACACUCACGUCUGAGCGCAGCGAGGAGUCCGAGUCCUCCGAGCGAACCGAACAGACCGACACUGAAGGUGAAGGCGGCCCAUCCGAACCAGCCACACUCAACGAAAUCGAACUAGUAUUCAAACCGCAUCCUACUGAAAUGGCAGGUGACAAUCAUCUUAUUAAAGCGCUUAAAGAGAGCUCGGUGCGUUAUCUCAAGACGACCGCCAACGCCACCGUCGAUCAUUUACACAAGUACCUCGCAAUGCGGCUCACGCUUGACCUCGACUCGCAACUCUCGCAGACGCACAACCUGCUCAACUUCUGCAUCUACAUCAGCCCCGCCACCGGCCAGUACGUGCAGCUCAGCGGUAAUCAAAUGCUGGGACCUGUUAAUGAUAAGUAUUGGAAGGUGAACAAACCUCUGGAGAUGUACUACUCGUGGAAGAAGAGUUAGGGGUUGCAGCGGGGGCCGCGCAGCUCCGGUGUAAAUAAGUUUAAUUCCUUCAACAAUUAUAAAUGAUGUCUAUGUUGUGUAGGUGGGGUAGCUAGCUGCAUGUGUGUGCGAUUUUAAAUAAAACACCUUUAUUUCUUCAAA